AUGAAGUCUUCUUCCUCAACGAAUUCUGGAGAAUGUACAUACGAUUCUUAUGUGAAGAAAUUUGGGAGUGCAGAAGGGAUGUUGCGAUGGAAACCUAAAUGUGGCUGUGGAGACAUGGCUACUCUACGAAGAGCUUCAACUGUCACGAACUAUGGGCGACAAUUUUGGGGUUGUCGUAAUUAUAAGGGUUCAACACAACCUGGAUGUGGCUACUUUCAAUGGUUCUAUGAUGAUGCUGAGGAUGAAAAAGAUCACUUUAUGAGGAAUCAAAAGAGUAGGUUGGAGAAGCUUGAACAUGAUAUUGAUGCUGUAAAAAUGGAGGUCGAGUGUUUAAAGAAGAAGAUUACAGAAUUGCAGAAUCAAUCGAAGAAGAGCAUGAAGAUAGAAAAAAUUUGGAGGAGUCUGUUUUGUUUACUUUUAGUUGUUGUUGUUGUUAGGAUGUUGUAA